AAUAAAUGCAUCUGUUUCAAUACUGUUCCAUUUUAUUUUCUACAAUGAUAUUCCUAUUGUUCAGACAACACAUGUUUCCUCAUUCUUGUUAAGUUUAAUAUAUUUUUACUUGAGCAGUUGUAGUAAUUAAAAUUAUUAGUAAGAAAAUGUUACCCGAAUAUUGAAUUAAAUAAAAUACAAAUUUCUAGUUAUACAUUAAUCUAUAUGUUAUAUUUAUACAUAUUUCCUAUAAAACUUCAGGCAAAAAUUACACAAGAUAUGUAAAAUAAAAUGCAAGGUCGUUGCUAAAAAUAGAUAUUUAAAUCGUAGAAGAGACAUUUACUAAAAAUUGAUAUUUUACACAAUGAAAAAAACAUGAUUAACAAUUGUUUAAAUUUUCGUCCAUCUAUUUCACAAUCAGUGUAUCCACACCUCAAAAGAAAAAGUGCUGAAUUUUAUCAGAUUGUCAUUGUCACUUUGUGGAAUCGUAACAUCAGAUUUGUUCCUUUACCGUAAACAUUUGUGGUCAAUUUAUCAACUGUAAAAUAAAAAUAUUGCGAUAAAGACGUUAGGAAAAUAAAAAUCGUUUGUGUAAAAUCGAGCGGGAAGAGAAAUAGCCAAAAGGAAUGGCUCGCGAAACCGUUGACGCGUUGUUUCGUUGGUAACAGUGGCACCUAACCUGUCAGAAGUAAAGCAGCAGAUCGCAACCGUGAUCAGUUUUAGGCACGUAACGCAAAAACGUUUUAGGUUCGCGGAUCUGCUGUGUUCCGUCACCGCGAAAAGUAUACAAGUAAUAAGUGGAGGGACAGUGAAAAUUUCUCAUCGAUGUGUAUGUAGAGGAAAGUUAGCGGUGAUCGUUAAAGGUGGCCACCACAUUUUCAUAAGAACUCCCUUGUCCAACCCUGCCUGUUAUGCGGUGGUGAACGUCGACAGUGACGGGUGGUAGUGUUGUAGCACGAAGAUUUGUGAUGUUCCGAUGUUUCCUGACGAAAGAUUCGAGCCGCUACUAACGAUGCGCAUCCUGAUGUAACUACAUCGAGUUUAUUGUAGGAAGUAGUAACAGUGACGCUCACUCGACAAGCGUAUUGAAUUAGGAUGUCAGGGUAUAGAGCUAGUGGAGGAGCUGGGAGUCAUCAAGGAGGUUACCCAGGUCUCAGACAAAUAGAUUUAGAUCAAAUCUGGGGAGACCUCCGUGAGGGUAUCGAACAAGUUUAUAACAGACAAUGUAUGUCUAAACCAAGAUACAUAGAAUUAUACACUCAUGUAUAUGAUUAUUGUACGAGUGUUCAUCAACAAGUAAAUAAAACAUCGAUUAAAAGCAAAAAAGGACAAAUUUCUCAAGGAGGUGCACAGUUAGUUGGUUUGGAGUUAUACAAACGUUUGCGUGAAUUUCUUAGAAAUUAUCUCGUUAGUUUACUGGAGCAUGGAGUGGACUUGAUGGAUGAAGAUGUAUUACAGUUCUAUACAAGGCAGUGGGAAGAGUAUCAGUUUAGUAGUAAAGUUUUACAUGGUGUAUGUGCGUAUCUAAACCGUCACUGGGUACGUAGGGAAUGCGAGGAGGGGCGUAAACAAAUUUAUGAAAUUUAUCAGUUAGCUUUGGUUACAUGGAGAGAAAAUUUGUUCAAGCAUUUAAAUAAACAAGUUACUAAUGCAGUCCUCAAAUUAAUUGAAAGAGAACGCAAUGGGGAAACAAUAAACACACGUUUAGUCAGUGGUGUAAUUAAUUGUUAUGUAGAAUUGGGUUUAAAUGAAGAAGGACAAAAUCUUAUAGUCUAUAAAGAUUCUUUUGAAAAUAUCUUCCUUGAGGACACAGAAAGGUUUUAUACUCGUGAAAGUUCAGAAUUCCUCAGACAAAAUCCGGUUACAGAGUAUAUGAAAAAGGUUGAGCAAAGGUUACUAGAAGAACGAAAACGAGUACAAGUUUACUUACAUCAAACAACUUGUGAAAGAUUAGCAAAAACAUGUGAAAAAGUGUUAAUUGAAAAACAUUUAGACAUAUUUCAUUCUGAAUUUCAAAAUCUUUUGAAUGCUGACAAGAAUGUAGAUUUAGGACGAAUGUAUCAACUGGCAGCAAGAGUACCAAAUGCUCUUGGAGAAUUAAGAAGUCAUUUAGAAAGUCACAUAGCCAACCAAGGACUUGCAGCUAUUGACAAAUGCGGUGAUGCUGCAUCUAAUGAUCCAAAGGUUUAUGUGAAUACAACUCUAGAGGUUCAUAAAAAAUAUAAUGCUUUAGUACUUGUUGCAUUUAAUAAUGAUAGUGGUUUUGUGGCAGCUCUUGAUAAGGCUUGUGGAAGAUUUAUUAAUAAUAAUUCGGUAACUAGAGUAGCAAAUAGCAGCAGUAAGUCACCAGAAUUACUAGCAAAAUAUUGUGAUUUGCUGCUGAAAAAGAGUAGUAAAAAUCCGGAAGAAGCAGAACUUGAAGACACGCUUAAUCAAGUUAUGGUAGUGUUUAAAUAUAUUGAAGACAAAGAUGUAUUCCAAAAGUUUUAUAGUAAAAUGUUGGCAAAACGAUUGGUACAACAUAUGUCAGCCAGUGAUGACGCAGAGGCUUCCAUGAUCUCUAAAUUGAAACAAGCUUGUGGUUUUGAAUACACUUCAAAAUUACAACGAAUGUUCCAGGAUAUUGGAGUGUCCAAGGACCUAAAUGAGCAGUUCAAAAGACAUUUGACAAAUUCUGCAGAGCCAUUGGAUAUAGAUUUCAGUAUACAAGUACUGUCUUCUGGCUCAUGGCCGUUUCAGCAAUCUUUUACUUUUUCAUUACCAACAGAGUUAGAACGAUCUGUACAUAGGUUUACUACUUUCUACAGUUCGCAACAUAGUGGAAGGAAGUUGAAUUGGUUAUACAAUAUGUCUAAAGGAGAAUUACAUACAAAUUGUUUCAAAAACAGAUACACAUUACAAGCAUCCACUUUCCAAAUGGCUAUUUUAUUACAAUUCAAUGGAUCCACAGCAUGGACAAUACAGCAGUUACAUGAUGCUACUAACAUAAAAAUGGAUUUUUUGUUUCAGGUUAUUCAAAUACUUUUGAAAGCUAAGCUGUUGACAGCAGCUACAGAUGACGAAACUGAAUUAACACCACUGACAACAGUGGAACUUUUCGCGGGAUAUAAAAACAAAAAGCUAAGGGUAAAUAUUAAUAUACCAAUGAAAACGGAAUUGAAGGUCGAACAAGAAACGACACAUAAACAUAUAGAAGAAGAUAGAAAACUUUUGAUUCAGGCAGCAAUUGUUAGAAUUAUGAAAAUGAGAAAAGUAUUAAAGCACCAGCAACUGGUAGCUGAAGUAUUGAAUCAAUUAAGCGCUAGGUUUAAACCAAGAGUUCACGUUAUUAAGAAAUGUAUAGAUAUUUUAAUUGAGAAAGAAUAUCUGGAGCGCACAGAGGGUCAAAAGGAUACUUAUAGCUACCUGGCAUGAUCAAGUUGAUGUAGGACAAUGAUACAGCAGCAACCAUAUACGCGAAAGAAAGAUGAUUCUCCACUCUCAUUGCUACAUACUGUCACAAUAUUUAUUUAAGUCUCAUAUUUUGAAUCUCGUAUGUUUUCCUUGUACAUGGAUGCCUUUGUACCAUGUUGUCCCUCUGGUCGCAUUUAGAGUCUGAUUUUUAUAGUAUGUUAAUAAAAUCAUUUCAUAGCCAAAAUGCUAGGUGUGUUACUGUCUGUGUCGUUUUUGACAUAAGUUGAAGGAUAAAUUUUUUACAAUGCAGUAUGAUAUUAUAACAAAAUAAUGAAAUGAAUUUUAUUUUUAAAUUAACAUUAAAAAUUAUAUUCUUGAAAUCAUCAAACUCUAUAGUGAAACGAGACAAAAAUAAGAGACUAAUCGUGACAAAAGUAACAUGAGUAAACAUAUUCUGUGAAUAAAGUACUAUUUAAAAAAAGUUCAGGGUACGCCAUAAGUCAUAUUAACCAAUACUAAUGAAAAACUGUCUUUUCUGAUCAUGUAAUAUAAAAAUGAAAUACAGUUUCAGCUAUUUGUAUUAUAGAAUACGAAACACAUUUUAAAUUCGAGUAAGCACAUAGAUAGUAAUACAUUUUAGCAAUCGUGAAGUUCGGUUAGUGAUCAUAUGUAUAAGGAAUAAAAUUUUAUACCAGUGAAUAAACGAAUCUGCUCUAAUAAUGUAAAAAUUGAGUUGUUCUUUCGGUUAGAGCAGUCUCAAUUUAAAGUUAAUUUUUCUAAUAACUGGAAGAACUUGAAAAAGAACAUAUAAUUAUUGUUUUUAUAGAAUAAUAACUUCUUAUAAGAAUAAUAACUGAACAAUUUGUGACUCUUUAUGUCGAAAUUGUAAAGAGUUAUUUAAAAAAUAUGUAUUGUAUACAUUGUAACUAAAGCUUAGAAAGCUUGUUUCUGCUAUUAAGUGAAAAGAACGUUUAAAGUAUGAUACUAAUGAAUUUUUUCUUUGUUAAUGGUAGAUGUGUUACAUUUUUGAAACAUUAUUCGAAUGGUUUCUUCAAAGUUUUAUCUUUUAGUAAUUAAAACACAUUAGAUGUUCACAGUGCAAUAUAAAACUAAACGGAAAUUUGUGGUAUAGUAUGAUUUUGAAUGCAGGUACAAGCAGUGGCUGAAAUUUGACAUAAGUAACAGAAUAAUAAUUGUUAACGCAUCGAUGCCACUAAUAUUAAGAACAAUAUAGUAAAUCACAGUAUAUACGUGUAUGUAACUCUAAUGCUUGCAAAUGUUAUCACCAUUUUGGUGUUGAGUAAUGGAACUCAACGUGUAAAAAGGCUGAGAUGCAAGUAUCUCGAACUGAAAGUUAUUGUAAUUAUAAACAAAAAGCGAAAAAUGAAAAAAAGUAUAUUAAAACUUCUUUGAGGGUGAGUAACAUCUUGAUAUUUAAUUACAAAAGGAAACUAUUAAAUUAAUGUAUUUUAAUAUAUAAAACGUACUACGAAUUCGAUUGAUGAAGUAUUAAAGUAAAAUUGUCCAAACUAGGUUGUGCAGGAUGUGUUAAGCUGGAGAUGUGAGCAUGUAUAUCACUUUUUUAAUAUUUUACAUCCUUUAAUUAACUCCAUAUGAAAAUUUCUAGAUUCGAUUAUUCCUGUAGGUUUAGGAAACGUACAACGGUACAUUGUUUAAGCUAGAGCAUACCGAAUUUUCUACUGCCGGGAUUGAAUUUUCUAAAAUCCAUGUAUCGUGCAAUGGAGAAUAACAUCGAUGUUUUCUGAAAUGUUUGAACGCUUAAACUUUCACUGUGUGUGCCACAUUAACGUCUUAUGUUCGAAUAAAAUCAAAACGAUCAUCUUACAGGCGCUAACUGUGGAACGUAUUAGUAAUUUGAAUUUUUGUAUAUACAGCUGGGAUUCAUUGUUGUCAAUUUUUAUUUCCCAUGCACAAAAUAGGACUUAUGUGUAAAUAAGUUGAGCAAGUCAUUUAAUGUUGUUUGAAAUAAAAACAUUCAAUUCAUUACAGUUACAAUGGAAAUCAGUCAUACGGCUCAUUGCAAAUUUUUUACUGGAUUCUUUUAAAAUAAAAUGCAAAAUAAAAAUAAGAUUUCAUUCGAAUGCAUGAUUUCCACGGUAACCAUAAAGACACCUUUUAUAUUUCGUUUUAAAACCUCUAUUACAGAUCCUAUUAAUUAUUCAAGUACUAUCACUAUUUUGUAUAGCGCAAUCGAAUAAUUGCUACGAUUAUGCCGUAAUUUAAAAGUAUAUUUAUUUUCAAUAAGAAAAUGUUACAAGUGACUUAUAACAUUAAAAUUAUAGCAUAAAGCUUUGAGUUAAAAAUCAGAUUUCUUAGUUUCAUUACAUUCUGACAAGUAAUAUAUGAUGUAAGGACACAUAAAACACAUUUUCUGUGAAGAGUAUUGUUAAGAAACACAUGUUGUAAAAUAAAAUUGUAUAAAACUUGUGGCUAUGAAAUGGAGUUAUUCCAUCUUUCACAGUGUAUAAAUUGUAGCAGUCAUUCAAUAAAUGUUUUAUAUACAAUU